ACGGAAGGCUCCUUGGAUGGAUAAUAGAUUAAGCAUGAGAACGUUCAAAGUCUUCGCAGUCGCUGCUUUGCCUCGGUCAGCUCUUGUACUAUACAAUAUCCUCUCUCACAAUGCAGUUGCCGGCUUCUUCAUCUCUUCACACUUUCACUUUCUUCUUCUCUCUGCUGCCAUGGAUUUCGCUUAAGAAUCCAGUUCUAAGUAGUAACCUUCUGCAUCUCUCUCAGUCUCAGGCCUAGAUACUUAGAAAUGGCUUCCUUUGAAAAAGACGAUACACCGAUGCUAUCAGACACUGGUCCACCAUUGUUAGAUGAACAACUGGGUUCUUAUUUUCCUUCGUAUGCAUCAUUGGCCCGGAGUUCAUCGCUAUCAAUUCCAACUUCUUCUGGGAUAUAUGUCAGUGAUGCAAAGCUUGUUGGUUAUACUGGUCCCUUACGAAUUGAAAGAAAAAGUCCAUUCCUAGAGAGUGGUUCAAAAUAUACUCGCCGUAAACCUGAAAAAUCUUCACAGUCAAGUCCAGGUGUGACUGAAAGCAAAACUGCAGAGCCAUUGACAGACAAAUUUCCUUCUUUCAAGACGAAUGACGAGCCUGAUUGGGCCAUUCAUCACUAUGCUGGCAGAAAUGAACACUUAAUAAAGUCUGGCCAGCUGGGAGUGUGCAAUGAUCCUUUCUGUAUAACAUGCCCAACAUAUAAUUCCAAAGCAUCGCAACAGAAAAGCUCAAGAAUGAGAGGCAUAUUUGACCCUGAGUUUCACAAGGAUCUCUACGGAGAAGGGAAAGGUUGGGCAGUGAAGUUUCGGUCUGUCUGGUGCUUCUUGCUUCCGUAUAUUCCUGGAGUUAUGAAUCCUCAUGCAAAAGUUGUUCAGCAAUGGAACAAGUUUUUUGUUAUUUCUUGCUUACUGGCGAUCUUCUUGGACCCGUUAUUUUUCUUCGUGCUUGCUGUCCACUUUGUUAAGAAGUGUAUAUUUAUUAAUUGGCCGAUGACCACAACAUUGGUGGUUUUCCGAAGCAUGACCGAUUUUGUCUAUUUCCUACACAUGCUUCUCCAGUUUAGGUUGGCUUACGUGGCACCAGAAACCAGAGUUGUUGGAGCAGGCGAAUUAGUUGACCAUCCGAAGAAAAUUGCUAAGAACUACCUUAAAGGAAAUUUUUUUAUAGAUGUGCUUGUUGUUUUACCGCUGCCUCAGAUAAUAGUUUUUCUAAUCCUGCCAAACUCUUUGGGGACAUCUGGAGCAAAUCAUGCAAAAAAUCUGUUACGCACUGCAGUUAUGGCUCAAUAUAUUCCCAGACUGUACAGGUUUCUACCUCUUCUUGCUGGUCAGUCUCCAAGUGGCUUUGUUUUUGAGACAGCAUGGGCAAAUUUUGUCAUCAAUCUUCUCACCUUUAUGUUGGCUGGUCAUAUUGUUGGGUCUCUCUGGUAUCUCUUUGGGCUUCAGGGGGUGAAUCGAUGUUUUCGGGAUGCCUGCAAUCGCACUGGAAGUACGUUCUGCUUAGAAUAUAUAGAUUGUGGGCAUGGGGACGAAGCUGGAUAUGACAUUCAGGAUUUACGGCGAGAUCAGUGGAAAAGUAAUGAGAAUGCUACGGCAUGUUUUGCUAAAGAAGGUUUUGAUUAUGGAAUCUACCUUCAGGCUGUAAAUCUUACUACAGAAAGCAAUUUACUCACGAGAUAUACUUACUCAUUGUUUUGGGGAUUCCAGCAAAUCAGUACUCUGGCCGGAAACCAAGUUCCAAGCUAUUAUGUCUAUGAAGUCCUUUUCACUAUGGGUAUUAUUGGGCUUGGUCUAUUGCUGUUUGCUCUUCUCAUCGGGAAUAUGCAGAUUUUUCUUCAGGCUCUUGGAAGAAGGAGGUUAGAAAUGUCAUUAAGACGCCGUGAUGUUGAGCAGUGGAUGGAGCAUCGUCGCUUGCCAGAGAGUUUAAGAAGGAAAGUACGACAGGCUGAAAGGUACAAUUGGGCUUCUACAAGAGGCGUAAAUGAAGAGAGGAUUUUCGAAAAUCUGCCUGAGGACCUACAAAGAAACAUAAGACGACAUCUCUUUAGAUUUGUCAACAAGGUGCGCAUUUUUGCACUGAUGAACUAUGAACCUAUUUUAGAUGCAAUACGUGAGAGACUGCGACAAAGGACAUACAUAGAAGGAAGUGAAAUUUUUACUGCUGGAGAUAUCAUUGAGAAGAUGGUUUUCAUUGUACGGGGGAAAAUGGAGAGCCGUGUAGAUGGGAACGGGAUUGUGGUUCCCUUAUCUGAAGGAGAUGUCUGCGGCGAGGAACUUCUAACAUGGUGUCUUGAGCAUUCCUCCAUAAACAGAGAUAUGAAGCGACAUCUAAUUCCAGCACAAAAAUUGGUCAGCAACCGGACAGUAAAAUGCUCGACGAAUGUUGAAGCAUUUUCUCUCCGGGCUGCAGACCUUGAAGAAGUGACCAGUAUGUUUUCUAGAUUCCUGCGAAACCCACGUGUUCAAGGAGCCAUAAGGUAUGAAUCACCCUACUGGAGGUACCUAGCAGCAACGCGUAUUCAAGUAGCUUGGAGGUACAGGAAAAGGCGUCUAUCUCGAGCUCAAACCUCCCACUCUAACUACUAAUUCCUCAAGGGAGGCUUUCUUUUUUGGGGAAAGAAAAGGUAAUUGCCUUGUACAUCCAUCAGCCUGAGUUCCUAUCGCUGUUAGUCCCUAUUAUUAGUUUUUGGUUAACCUUAUCCUUUCAUUGAUAGUCAAUAAAUAUAUGUUCACAUUGUAUCAUUUAUUGAUUUAAGUUAGUAUUACAAUCUCAUUGAAUUCAAUAAAUUUUUUUGAACUUUUUAUUC